AUGGGUGUUAAAGAGUUCAUAACGUUUGACGAAUCCAAAAAUCAGUAUAUUAUUCCAGUAGUAAAACUCGGUGGGCAAAAGCGUUGGAGUGCAGUGAUUAUAAAACAAAAGGCACAUAGGAAACUAGCAGCUAGGACUUUAGCGGUCCACAAACUAGAGACACUGGUCUUCGAUCAGCUAGGAAGCGCUGCUUUCCAAAUUAGAAACAUCCGAUGUCUAAUUGACAAUACGACGGAUGGUCUUUGGGUUGAAACACCUGAGGAUGAAGAUGAGUCAACAACACUCAUCAAAAGCUCAGAGGCACCAACCGAAUUGUGA